AUGGCUCCCCCAACCUCAGAGAGCGCGUCCCCUAUCGGAAUCGCAAACCUACCCAACCAGCGCCAUAAGAUAGUAGCAAAGAGAGGCGCAGCUUUCACGAUUAUGGUUGCUGGCGAAUCUGGACUCGGAAAGACCACCUUCAUCAACACCCUCUUCUCCACCACCAUCAAAAACUACGCCGACCACAAGAAGAGACACGCGAAGCAAGUGGACAAAACCGUCGAGAUCGAAAUCACAAAGGCUGAGCUUGAGGAGAAGUUCUUCAAAGUCCGCCUCACCGUUAUCGAUACUCCUGGAUUUGGCGACUAUGUCAACAACCGUGAUUCUUGGAUGCCAAUUAUCGAGUUCUUGGAUGAUCAACAUGAGUCGUAUAUGUUGCAAGAGCAACAACCCCGCCGUGUUGAUAAGAUUGAUCUCCGUGUUCACGCUUGCCUGUACUUCAUCAGACCCACCGGACACACCUUGAAGCCGCUAGAUAUUGAGGUCAUGAAGAGAUUGAGCUCAAGAGUCAACUUGAUCCCGGUCGUUGCGAAGGCAGAUACUCUCAGCCCGGCUGAUUUGGCCCGUUACAAGCAAAGGAUCCGGGCUGUCAUUGAAGCGCAAGGUAUCAAGAUUUACACACCGCCUGUCGAGGAGGAUGACGAGGCUGCUGCACAACACGCCCGAAGUCUCAUGGCCGCCAUGCCAUUUGCCGUCAUCGGCUCCGAGAAGGAUGUGAAGACAAGCGAUGGCCGCAUCGUCAAGGGCCGCCAAUACUCAUGGGGUGUCGCAGAAGUCGAGAACGAAGACCACUGCGAUUUCAAGAAACUGCGUUCGAUUCUCAUCCGAACCCACAUGCUGGAUCUCAUCCACACUACCGAAGAAGCACACUACGAAGCCUACCGCGCCCAACAAAUGGAGACCCGCAAGUUUGGUGAGGCCAGACCCCGAAAACUUGACAACCCCAAGUUUAAGGAAGAGGAAGAGAAUCUCCGAAAGCGAUUCACGGAGCAGGUUAAGAUUGAAGAGCACCGGUUCAGACAAUGGGAGCAGAAGCUCAUCAGCGAGCGUGAUCGCCUAAACAAAGACUUGGAGAGCACGCAUGCGGCGAUCAAGUCGUUGGAGCAGGAGCUUGAGCAGAUGCAGGGCAGUGCUGUCCGCAGCCAUGGUCGUCGUUAA